CCGUUGGAAGUGGUGAAUAGGUCAUCGCACGGAAGUCGGUUUAGUUUGGUCGGUCAGGACAGGCUGUUCGUGGAGCACUUUGUUCACUAGUCACUUACCAAUUCAACAUUCCAAAGGCUGGGUCCUCUUACCGCCCCUUCAAAACUUGUAAUCUGAUAAACUCGCUUAGCGACCACACAACACCAAACGUCAUCAUGUUUGCCUGCACUCGAUUCAUCGCACCCAUCGCCAGAUCGACCUUGGUUUCUGGAACCAAGAGUUACAUUCGGCCUUUGAGCAGUGCCGUGGUCAGCCACAGCCAGUCCGUACAACAAAAUCAAAUUCAAAGCCCGGUUAGUGUUUCACCUUUGAUGCAAUCUUCAAUUGUACGUAGUUUUCAAACUUCCACAAUCAGUCGUGACAUUGACUCUGCUGCAAAGUUCAUCGGUGCUGGUGCAGCUACUGUUGGUGUUGCAGGAUCAGGUGCUGGAAUUGGAUCAGUGUUUGGUUCUUUAAUUAUUGGUUACGCCAGGAACCCGUCCCUUAAACAACAACUGUUCUCUUAUGCCAUCUUGGGCUUUGCCCUGUCCGAGGCCAUGGGUCUUUUCUGCCUUAUGAUGGCUUUCUUGCUUUUGUUCGCGUUCUAAGUCACCGAAACCGCAUGAAAAAAAAAUUACUGAUAGUUUUAGUGCGUCGCCACCAAAGCAGCAUCUACUGAUUCUAUGUAAGGGAAACAGGAGGAGUUGACUUUGGUGCACAGGAUGCCAUGAAAUUGUUAGAGAUGCUCGAGUAUCUGGCUCGAUGGGGUAUGCGACGGUACGACAAUGAAAUGUAAUGGCGGCUGUACACGUGUUGGGAUUAUCGAUCGAACCGUUCUAACCCCCUUCUGCCUUUCGAUAAAUUUGUAAUUAUUUCAUGGUCUACUGUUUCAUGUAGCGUAAAACUCACAUUAUUAAAUAAUGGAAUUCAGUGUAAUGAUCGAAUAAGAACGUUCAUAAAAGUUUAUUAAAAACGACAGCCUCGCCUGCAGACCCGUAUAUACACACACGUAUGUAUAUCUAUCACCAUAAUAUUAACAAAACAAUAAGAAGUAGUACACAUCGAACAUUUUUGUUACCCGAAUGGUUCGUCAUUGUUGUGCCAUCGCGCACGUUGUUGAGGUAACUUUGGACGAAAAAAACUGUACAGUGAUAUCGAAUAAACACUUUUGUCGUGAAA